CUGUGCUUGCCUUGCGACUGCGAUAUUCUUGUCGAGAGCGUCUGUACAAGUAAUCGCGAUGGUGCAAGGCUGCUCCUGGCGAGAACCGGUUGCGCGGGCGUUACGAGAAGACGUCAUCUGUUGACGACCAUCUCGACGCCGAAACCUUCAUCUCGACACUUUCUCUACACACGCCUCGACCAAAAACCCCGACCUUGCGCUUGCUUCUUGACUUGUGAGAGCGGCAACAUCUCUUCGUCGCCUCAUGGACAUCACACUGCGAUGAGUCGCCUACCCGCAGAUUCGUACACCGCGCGGCGGCUAGAACACGCAACCCCCGAACACCUCCACUACACCACCCGCCGAACAUUCAUCGGACCCAUUCCCGAAGGAUGGCUCAGCCACCACCGUAAACAUUGGUACCGCCACCAUGUCUCCUCCUCACACAGCCGUGCGCCCAGAUCCAUCUCCACCGCUGCACACCCCAUCUCCACCGCAACGUCGGAGCUGCAACAGUCGCAGGCAGCCGCGCACGGGGCAGAAGAAGUUGGCACACCGCGGCCUUCGAGCCAGAGCGCAGACACUCGGGCACGUCCUGAUGUUGGGGGCUCCGCUAGUAGCACUACCAGUCUUCUUCACAGUCAGCGCGGGAGAGAGCAGGGCGGCACAUAUGGCACGGCCUCUGCAUCGCAGCAGGAUGGCACGGCAAGAGACGUUGAGCGCACCACGACCAACACUAGCAAUGGCCAUCUCGACAGAGUUGUCAGUAAGCUUGCACUGCCCAAAGUGCGGUUCAAUGAAGCCACGAAAUUCCAGAUGCGAAGUCGUGCGCAACGGCUGGCUGAACGAGGCGGCUUUCGCAGCAGCAAGGCCAAACCGGGCGAACUGCUGAAGAUGGACAAGAUGUUGAUGCGGAUUGACGUCACUCAGCAGUCCAUCAAAGACGGCUUCGAUGAACGCGUCAGUCAAGGCAUCCUCACGAAGCCACUCGACAAGUGGCGCGAGUUCAUGGUCGUCUGCCGAAAGCACGAUGAAGGUGCCCUCCUACAGUUCUACCAGACUCGUGUCAUCGCCACCACCGCCGACAAAACCAAGAAGAGGCCCAAGUCGGAGAUUGUCCUCCGUCGUGGUGAAGCAAGGGCGAACAUGUACUCCAGCUUGGACAAAACAUUGUGCCUGUGGAAGGUUGAUCGCGGUCGGACGUACAUCUACUUCCUACGCCCGCAGUCUGGUGUCUCUUCAGUCGACUGGUUCACCUUUCUCCACUCCGUCCUUGGUUAUAGCCGAACGCAGACGCUGCAGGUCAAUGUCCCGCAAUUGAGCGUAAGCUUGCGACUGGAUAACCCGUUCACCACCCCGGAAACUUCCCAGCUGCUGGCCGAGGCCGCCGAAGGAAAUGAUGACGCUCUUGCAAAAGCCAUUACGGAUGAAGGUGGAGUCGCCGGUGCCAUUGUUUCUCGAUGUGUCGAAAUGCUCAAGGAGUCUCCCGAAUGGGCCGAGGUGCUGAAAUCAUGGGUCAAGUACGAUCGUCUGGGCCUGGCCUGGAAGCGGUAUGAUAGACUGGAGUGGAUAUAUGGUGCAGCCGAGCAACGCAUGUAUGGCACGGUGGCUAUGCAAGCUACGCACGACCUUGAACUGCGGCCGAAAGAUCACUACCCGGUCGACGUGAAAACCAAGCAGGGCGAGACCGUAGAGGAGCCUCCAGCGAUCGAAGGCUUUCUGAUCCGCCUUACCUCUCAAAAGGGCCUGGAACGUCGACGGAUGGGGAAGACCAUGUACAAACAGCUCUACUUUGCCUCGCAGAAUCAGUACUUGAUAUUCACGCGCCCUGCCAGGGCCAUACCGCCGCCGCCGCCGAAGACGCCCAGUCAAAACAACGGGAACAUUCCGUCGGCCCAGCAGAUCUUGAAGGAAACGCCGCUCACUCAUGACAUCAACCCAUAUCCUCUUGAGGGACAACAGAUAUCCUGGCUGAGCAGAGACGGGACGGACAACGUUGAAGAGCAGCAGGUCCGUGAUGCAGAAGCGGAGAGGGAGGCCAAUCGAAAUCUCCAAAUCCUGCUGGCCUGCGACGGCUUUAUCGAUAUGUGUGAUGUUAAGAGUGUCCGCACAUUUCACAGAGGUGCAAUACCGGCCGACGAGGCGCUUGACAACGGUUCCGACGUCGACUUUCAUGCAUCUCCGCCAAAUCGCCGCGGUGGCGGCGAAGACGGCCAAGCUUCCGAAGUGGACGACGAUCGGAUGUUUGAGCUACUCAUGAAGAAUGGCUUGCUCAUCCGACUCCAAGCAUACAGCAAGGAGGCGCGAGUGGAAUGGAUGAAACGCCUGCAGCCGCUGGUGCGGUAUUGGCAAUUCCGCGCCAGUCAAGACUCCGACCUCUUCAAGUCGGUCCGGCAGCAGAAUCUCGACGCUCUGCAAAUCGAUGAGCGCGCGGAAGCCCAGAUCGGCAGUUUUGCGUACAAGUGGGAAGUCAGCCAGUCUUACGCGAGCCCGAUUCUUUACAACAUGUGCGGGAUCGCAUCUUGCAGAUCGAUUCACGUCUCUGGCGUCCUGUUCCGAAAACCAAGACAUCACUCCACCUUCACUCGCUGUCAUGUCAUCCUCUCGCAUGGACACAUGCUUAUCUUUCAAGACACACUCCGCAAGCAUACGGGCAAGAAGCUCGUGCACAGCCAUCUCGAGCGACUGGGCUCGGUGGAUCUACGAGGCUGCUACUUGUACUCCGGCCUACUCACCGAGAAUAACCUCCUCUAUCAAAACCAAACCUUUGACAACAACAUGCCAGGACACCACGCAUUGCCGAGGAUAUAUCUGGAAGACGCGUGGACGAGCAGCGACGAGGAUGCCAUGACGACGUUUGUCAUCUGGCACGCGAAGAGCAAGUCAUGGUUUCGGUCUUCGCAAUCGGUGGAUGAUGUGCGGGCUUCCGAGCGCAUGAACUCCAUCAACAGUCGUGGCGAGGUGGAUGACGGGCGAACUGGCAGGACCAAGACGAGAUUGACUCGGGUGAGCCAGCUCGGGACGACGGGGCGAAGUGUGGUGUUUAAGGCGAGAAGUCGUGCCGAGCGAGAUCAUUGGGUGCUUGCGAUCCAAGUGGAGAUUGAGCGGUUGGCGGCGCAGAAUGAGGAGGUGAGGUUGGUGGAUGCUGGAGGGCAAUGAGUAUUGUUGGAGUUGUUUCAUGCAUCAUAUACCCCAUCUAUACAAUUGCGUUGCGGCCUCUUCUUUCGAGCUGGCCAGAUCACAUGCAUCGCGGGUGACUAUUCACCACUUGGCCCAAAUCUGAAACU